AUAUAUAAUUAAUAUUGUUAUAUUGUAUUAAAGUAUUAGAAUUGUAUUACAUUAUAUUAUUAUUUUAUACUACAGUAGAGUCUCAUCCAACAUAAACAGGCUGACAGAACGUUGGAUAAGCGAAUAUGUUGGAUAAUAAAGAGGGAUUAAGCAAAAGCCUAUUAAACAUCAAAUUAGGUUAUGAUUUUACACAUUAAGAAACAAAACAUCAUGUUAUACAACAAAUUUGACAGAAAAAGUAGUUCAAUACGCAGUAAUGUUAUGUAGUAAUUACUGUAUUUACGAAUUUAUCACAGUGUAUUGAAAACAUUGACUACAAAAAUGCCUUGGAUAAUCCAGAACAUUGGAUAAGUGAGUGUUGGAUAGGUGAGAAUCUACUGUAUUAGCAUAGCACAAUAUCAGCAUUAUCUAUUACUAUAUUUUACUAUACUGCAGUAUUAUUUGCAAUGUUACAUGUAAUAUGUAAUAUACAAUUGUGUAAUAUUAUAUUGUACUAGCUGUGCCCGGCCACGCGUUGCUGUGGCGAAGUCUGGUGGUCUGGGAAAUAAAGUAUUGAGGAAUUGGUGGUAGUUAAGGUCAAGGGUAAACAUUUCCCCCUGACUCUGGGGGUUGGUGCUCAUCUCCAUUUCUAAGCCGAAGAGCCGGCGAGCAGUACCUAUUGAUGCACUCACAUGUUUUUGAACUUCUGGGUUGGCAGAAGCUGGGGCUAACAGUGGGGGCUCUCUCCGCUCCCCCAAUUCAAACCUUUCGGUCCAGAAGUUCAGCAGCUCAGUGCUUUAACACGCUGCGCCAUCAGGGGACAUUAUUUCCUAAAAGUUGUGAAUAUACAAUAUUUCUGAUUGUUUUUUUUGUCUGUUGGAGGCAAGUAUGAAUGCUGCAGUUAGGAAAAAUGAUUAGGAUGUAAUGGCCUUGCUGGAUUAUAGGAGGCCCCUUCUUCACAGCUGUAUAAAAUGCACACUGAAGUGGAUUAUAUGGUAGUGUGGAGUCAAGAUAAUCCAGUGCAAAGCAGAUAACAUAAAAUUAUAAAUGGGUUAUAUAGCUGUGUGGAAGGGCCUUGAGUCUACACUGCCAUAUAAUCCAGUGCAAAUUAGAUAAUCUGUGGAAGAGGCCUAAGUGAGGCCUAAGUCUGCCUGUCCCCUCGGCUGAGUCAGUUGCUAGGAGACCAAGUGGGCAGAGAUUAGCCUUCUAACUGGCAGCAAUUGGAUAAAAAUAAUUAUUCCUUUCCCUCUAAUUAGGACUUUAUUUUUCUUUUCUUUUUCUUGUAUCAACCUAGAGGCGUGGAUGAUGGGUUGUGUUGUCAAAUUUUGAGGUUGGGGGCCCUGUAGUUUUGUUGUUUUGUCGGUCGCCGUGAUGCCAGACUAGCUGUGCCCGGCCACACGUUGCUGUGGUGUUGUCUGGUGGUGUUGGUGAGAAAUUGUUGAGGUAGUGGUGGUAUUGAAUGUCUGUUGUAUGGUUGUCUUUAUGUUGAGUAUGCAUUUGGUUGUUUGUGUACUGUGAAAGUGGUGAGGAUAGAGGUGGUCUAUGUCCCUGUGUAGUAUUGUAUAGUAUUUAUACGUUGUGCAUGUGUUGUGAAUGCUUGUAUUGUGUCCUGCUGCAUAGUAGAAAGGGUUGGGCUGGAUGGCCCUUAGGGGUCUCUCCAAAUUCUUGUGCCUGUCCCCUGGGCUGAAUAGGUUGCUAGGAGACCAAGUGGGUGGAACUUAGCCUUGUAACUGGCAGCAAUUGGAUAAAAACAAUUAUUCCUCUCCCUCUAAUUAGGACUUUAUUUUUCUUUUCUUUUUUUUGUAUCAACCUAGAGGCGUGGAUGAUGGGUUGUGUUGUCAAAUUUUGAGGUUGGGGGGCCUGUAGUUUUGUUGUUUUGUCUGCUGCCCUGAUGCCAUCACUCUUUUAUAUAUAUAGACUACAUUAUAAUAUACAUGUAUACUAUAAUCUAUUAUUAACAUAGCAUAGUAUCAGCAUUAUCCAUCUAUUACUAUUUUGUACAAGGAGCCUUCGGUGGCCUAGUGGAUUCGAAUCCCAACCGGGGAGAGCGCGGAUGAGCUCCCUCUAUCAGCUCCAGCUCCAUGCAGGGACAUGAGAGAAGCUUCCCACAAGGAUGGUAAAAAUAUCAAAACAUCCGGGCAACGUCCCCUGGGCAACGCCCUUGCGGACGGACCUUGCGGACGGAAUAUAAUACUAGCUGUGCCCGGCCAUGCGCUGUGGCGAAGUCUGGUGGUAUGGGAAAUAAAGUAUUGAGGAAUUGGUGGUAGUUAAGGUAAAGGGUAAAGGUUUUUCCCUGAGUCCAGUCGUGUCCGACUCAGGGGGUUGGUACUGAUCUCCAUUUCUAAGCUGAAGAGCCAGCGUUGUCCAUAGACUCCUCCAAGGUCAUGUGGGAUGAGUGCAUGGAGCAGCGUUACCUUCCUACCGGAGCAGUACCUAUUGAUGCACUCACAUUUGCAUGUUUUCGAACUUCUGGAUUGGCAGAAGCUGGGGCUAACAGUGGGGGCUCUCUCUGCGCCCCCAAUUCAAACUUUCGGUCCAGAAGUGAGACUCUACUGUAUAUUGAUAAUCUUAUAUUAUCUGCUUAGAACUGGAUUAUAUGAGGCCCCUUCUACACAGCUGUAUAAAAUACACACUGAAGUGGAUUAUAUGGUAGUGUGGAGUCAAGAUAAUCCAGUGCAAAGCAGAUAAUAUAAGAUUAUAACUGGGUUAUAUAGCUGUGUGGAAGGGCCUUGAGUCUACACUGCCAUAUAAUCCAGUGCAAAUUAGAUAAUCUGUGGAAGAGACCUAAGUGAGGCCUAAAUCUGCCUGUCCCCUAACUGAAUCCUGGCUGUCCCUUGGUUGCUAGGAGACGAAGUGGACAGAGAUUAGCCCUCUAAACUGGCAGCAAUUGGAUAAAAAUAAUUAUUGCUCUCUCUCUAAUUAGGACUUUAUUUUUCUUUUCUUUUUGUUGUAUCAACCUUGAGGCGUGGAUGAUGGGUUGUGUUGUCAAAUUUUGAGGUUGGGGGUCCUGUAGUUUUGUUGUUUUGUCGGUCGCCGUGAUGCCAGACUAGCUGUGCCCGGCCACACGUUGCUGUGGUGUUGUCUGGUGGUGUUGGUGAGAAAUUGUUGAAGUAGUGGUGGUAUUGAAUGUCUGUUGUAUGGUUGUCUUUAUGUUGAGUAUGCAUUUGGUUGUUUGUGUACUGUGAAAGUGGUGAGGAUAGAGGUGGUCUAUGUCCCUGUGUAGUAUUGUAUAGUAUUUAUACAUUGUGCAUGUGUUGUGAAUGCUUGUAUUGUGUCCUGCUGCAUAGUAGAAAGGGUUGGGCUGGAUGGCCCUUAGGGGUCUCUCCAAAUUCUUGUGCCUGUCCCCUGGGCUGAAUAGGUUGCUAGGAGACCAAGUGGGUGGAACUUAGCCUUGUAACUGGCAGCAAUUGGAUAAAAACAAUUAUUCCUCUCCCUCUAAUUAGGACUUUAUUUUUCUUUUCUUUUUCUUGUAUCAACCUAGAGGCGUGGAUGAUGGGUUGUGUUGUCAAAUUUCGAGGUUGGGGGGCCUGUAGUUUUGUUGUUUUGUCCGCUGCCCUGAUGCCAUCACUCUUUUAUAUAUAUAGACUACAUUAUAAUAUACAUAUAUAUUAUAAUCUUAUUAUUAACAUAGCAUAGUAUCAGCAUUAUCCAUCUAUUACUAUUUUGUACAAGGAGCCUUCGGUGGCCUAGUGGAUUCGAAUCCCAACCGGGGAGAGCGCGGAUGAGCUCCCUCUAUCAGCUCCAGCUCCAUGCAGGGACAUGAGAGAAGCUUCCCACAAGGAUGGUAAAAAUAUCAAAACAUCCGGGCAACGUCCCCUGGGCAACGCCCUUGCGGACGGACCUUGCGGACGGAAUAUAAUACUAGCUGUGCCCGGCCAUGCGCUGUGGCGAAGUCUGGUGGUAUGGGAAAUAAAGUAUUGAGGAAUUGGUGGUAGUUAAGGUCAAGGGUAAAGGUUUUUCCCUGAGUCCAGUCGUGUCCGACUCUGGGGGUUGGUUCUCAUCUCCAUUUCUAAGCUGAAGAGCCGGCGUUGUCCAUAGACUCCUCCAAGGUCAUGUGGGAUGAGUGCAUGGAGCAGCGUUACCUUCCUGCCGGAGCAGUACCUAUUGAUGCACUCACAUUUGCAUGUUUUCAAACUUCUGGAUUGGCAGAAGCUGGGGCUAACAGUGGGGGCUCUCUCUGCGCCCCCAAUUCAAACUUGCGGCCUUUCGGUCCAGAAGUGAGACUCUACUGUAUAUUGAUAAUCUUAUAUUAUCUGCUUAGAACUGGAUUAUAUGAGGCCCCUUCUACACAGCUGUAUAAAAUGCACACUGAAGUGGAUUAUAUGGCAGUGUGGAGUCAAGAUAAUCCAGUGCAAAGCAGAUAAUAUAAGAUUAUAACUGGGUUAUAUAGCUGUGUGGAAGGGCCUUGAGUCUACACUGCCAUAUAAUCCAGUGCAAAUUAGAUAAUCUGUGGAAGAGACCUAAGUGAGGCCUAAAUCUGCCUGUCCCCUAACUGAACCUUUGCUGUGCUUGGCUGAAUUGGUUGCUAGGAGACGAAGUGGGCAGAGAUUAGCCCUCUAAACUGGCAGCAAUUGGAUAAAAACCAAUUAUUGCUCUCCCUCUAAUUAGGACUUUAUUUUUCUUUUUUUGUUGUUGUUGUAUCUUACUGGAGCCGUGGAUGAUGGGUUGUGUUGUCAAAUUUCGAGGUUGGGCGGCCUAUAGUUUUGUUGUGUUGUGGGUUGCCCUGAUGCCAUCACUCUUUUAUAUAUAUAUAGAUUUAUUUACAAGCUUUGGGGCAUGCAUUUGCCCAAGGAAGAAAUGCAAGCAAAGCCCUCCUAAAAACAACUUUGGCCUCUUUUCUCCUGCCCUUUCCCACCUCUUUUAUUUAUCCCUUUUCAAACUCUAAAAGUAGCCAGAAAAGGCUUUUUAAAACUUCCCUUCCUCUCCCAAAAAACCCACCCCAUUUUUGUUUCCUUAAGAAUAAAAAGAAAUACACACCUUCUGUUCCUCCCCUUUCCCUCCCUAUUGACUCAAACAUUCUUGCAAUAAUAGUAAUAAUAAUAAUAAUAAUAAUAAUAAUAAUAAUAAUAAUAAAUCCUGCAAAUUUGCAAGAGUCUCUCUUUUUCUUCCCCUUGCACCCAUGCAAUCUUUUUCUUCUUCCUGGCUUGCAAGAGGCUCUCACUCACUCUUCUUUCGCUUUUGAAAACAUUCUCUUCUUGUCUCUCUCUCUCUUAAAAAAUAAGAUAACUCCAGCCUGGGAGGAGAAGCGGAGGAGGGAGGUUUUGGAAAAGAAAACAUACUGUAGUCUCCAGGCUCCACUGCCUGGCUUGACCUUGACCCGAUUAUAAGCCGGGGGAGGCUCUUUCAGCUCAUAAAUAAGGACUGAAAAACUCGGCUCAUCUUCGAGUAUAUAUGGACAUGAGAGUUCUCUGGAGCCACCCCUGCCGUGAUGGGAAAUGAAGCAGCUUCUAGUCGAUAUUAAGGAUUUUGGAAACCAAAGUGCAGUAAGAAAACCAGUCCUCUAGGAAAAGGGAUUCCUCUCAAGGGGCUGAUCCUGCAGAAUUCCUACAUUCACUUUGGAUUAUAGAGUAGAACCAUAGAGUCGGAAGAGACUGCAUGAGGCACCCAGUCCAGGCCUCUACCGUGCAGGAAAAGCUCAAAGUAUCCGUGACAGAUGAGCAUCUAGUCUCUGAUUAAAGGAUUCCAAAGGAGCCUCCACUACACUUUGAGGCAGAGAGUUCCACCACUGAACAACUCUUACAGUCAGGAAGUUCUUUUUAAUGUUCAGAUGGAAUCUACCUUCCUGUAAUUUGAACCCAGUGCUGUGAGUAAUCAGAAAGGGAAAAACAAGAAUCAAGUGUCCUUAUUGGAAUUAAAUGUACAUAGCACUGUUGACAUGGAGGAGAAAGCAUAUAAAUGUAUCGAAUGUGGAAAGAGCUUUAGUCAGCAUGGAAAGCUGAAGAGACAUCAAAGGACUCACACUGGGGAGAAACCCUAUAACUGCCUGGAGUGUGGACAGAGCUUUACUCAGAAGGGAAACUUACAAAGACAUCAAAGGACUCACACGGGGGAGAAACCCUAUACAUGCCUGGAGUGUGGACAGAGCUUUACUCGUAGUUCAAGUCUAUGUUCACAUCAAAGGACUCACAUGGGGGAGAAACCUUAUAAUUGCCUGGAGUGUGGACAGAACUUCUCUCAUAAUUCACAAUUACAUAGACAUCAAAGGACUCACACUGGGGAGAAACCCUAUAACUGCCUGGAGUGUGGACAGAGCUUUGCUGAUAGUUCAACUCUACGUAAACAUCAAAGGACUCACACUGGGGAGAAACCCUAUAAAUGCCUGGAGUGUGGACAGAACUUCUCUCAUAAUUCACAAUUACAUAGACAUCAAAGGACUCACACUGGGGAGAAACCCUAUAACUGCCUGGAGUGUGGACAGAGCUUUGCUCAUAGUUCAGUUCUACGUUCACAUCAAAGGACUCACACUGGGGAGAAACCCUAUAAAUGCCUGGAGUGUGGACACAGCUUUGCUGAUAGUUCAACUCUACGUAAACAUCAAAGGACUCACACUGGGGAGAAACCCUAUAACUGCCUGGAGUGUGGACAGAGCUUCACUCGGAAGGGACACUUACAUAGACAUCAAAGAACUCACACUGGGGAGAAACCCUAUAAAUGCCUGGAGUGUGGACAGAGCUUUGCUCAUAGUUCAGGACUACGUAACCAUCAAAGGACUCACACUGGGGAGAAACCCUAUAACUGCCUGGAGUGUGGACAGAGCUUCACUCAGAAGGGACACUUACAUACACAUCAAAGAACUCACACUGGGGAGAAACCCUAUAACUGCCUGGAGUGUGGACAGAACUUUGCUCAUAGUUCAGGACUACGUACACAUCAAAGGACUCACACUGGGGAGAAACCCUAUAAAUGCCUGGAGUGCGGACAUAGCUUCGCUCGUAGUUCACAUCUACGUUCACAUCAAAGUUCACAUCAAAGGACUCACACUGAGGAGAAACCCUAGAACUGCCUGGAGUGUGGACAGAGCUUCACUCAUGGUUCAGGCUUAUGUUCACAUCAAAGCACUCACACUCGGGAGAAAUCCUAUAAAUGACUGGAGUGUGGAGAGAGCUUUACUCAGAGGGGAGACCUAAGUUCACAUCAAAGGACUCACACUCCGGAGAAAGAGUAGAAAUGCAUGAAUUGUGGACAGAGCUUGUCACGGAAUAUCAUUAUAUAUAGACAUCAUAGAAUUCACCCUGGAGAGAAUGGUGUUAAUUGACACCAGAGUGUCAUUCAAACAUGUACAAAAGCAACGCUUUCAAAUUUUGGAAAUGCAGGCUCAAAGUUGGGACAUUUCAUCACAUGUGGUAUAUUGUAGAAAGAUUGAACUAAAACACAGUGUUCCUUCACCUAUCACGGGGGUUAGGUUCCAGGACCAAGAGCAAUAAGUGAAAAUCCGCAAAGUAGGGAUGCUAUAUAUUUAUACACUUGCCUAUUUGGCUUGACUUCAAAACUCUGACUUUGGUUUUGUACUCAUGCAUUCUUGGUUGUUACUUUAUGAACUCUGAUGAAUGAACUCCUGUCACCUGACUGUUGGACUGUGACCUUGGCUGUUGCUUAGUCUUGCUCCUGACCUGCUUCCGUAGUACUUGGCUUGUCUGGGUGAAUUGGAACUUUUGACCUUGGUUUAUGUGCUGCCAUUGCCUUAUUUUAGCCAGACCUUCAAAAGAGGGAUUAUUCCUGGUCUCCAGGCCUUGGAUCCUUUUAGUUGCCCUCUUCCUCUGGACUCCUUCCAGCUUGGAGUCAAUAUCUCUUGAACUGUGGGGCCCAGAAUUGGACACAGUGUGAUUCCAGGUGAAGAGGUCUGACCAAAAGAAAGAGGCACCAGGACUUCCCUCGAUCUGGGCACUCGACUCCUUUGGAUGCAGCCCUGAAUCCCAUUGGCUUUCUGAGAUGCUGCGUCACUCUCUUGGCUCAUGUUCAUCUUGUUUCCAUGAGGACUCCAAGAUCUUUUUCACAUGGGCUGUUGUCAAGCCAGGCAUCACCCGUCCUGUGUCUUUGCAUUUCAUUUUUUCUGCCUGUCAUAUCUUACAUUUGUGCUUGUUGGCAUUCAUUUUGUGAGUUUUGGCCAAUCAGCUCUCUCAUCUGUUGAGGUCACUUUGCCUCCUGAUCCUGUCCUCUGGAGUAUUCGCUCUCCCUCCCAAUCACCAAACAUGAUAAACACACCUUCUAAACCUUCAUCCAAGUCAUUAAUAUAGAGAUUGAACAGAACUGGGCCCAGGACUGAACCCUCUCCGUGGCACUCCACUAGUGGCUUCUUUCCAGGACAAAGAGGAGGAUCCAACAGAGAGAAGCACCCUUUGGGUUCGGUCACUGAACCAAUUCCAGAUCCACCUGAGACUCGCCUUGCCUGGCCCACAUUGGACUAGAAGGUGGUGGGGGACGUUGUCGAAGGAAGGCCUUGCUGGAAUCAAGAUCUGCUCCAUCCACAGCAUUCCCUGCAUCUGCCAAGCAUGUAACUGUUGAAAAAAGGGAUAAGAUGGGUCUGGCAUGACUUGUUUUUGAGAAAUCCAUGCUGACUUUGAGUCAUCACAGCAUUCCUUUCAAAGUCAAUACGCUUUUGGCUUACCUUGUCCUUGUUUAAUAAAUCUCACCCUUGA